AUGUUACCUGCCGCUGUGGUACCUGGGGGCUUAUCUGAGACUCAGCCUGCUACUCCAGAAAUCCAGCGUAUUGUUGACGCGGUGAAGCAACAAUUUGAAAUCAGAGUAAACAAGAUAUGUCACAUAUUUACAGCCAUAGUAUACAGGGCACAGGUGGUUGCUGGGAUAAACUACUUUAUUAAGGUCCAAGUUGCUGAUGAUGACUAUGUCCACUUAAGGGUGUUUCAGGCCCUUCCUCAUGAGAACCAAGGUCCCAGCCUUGUCAGCUUUCAGACUGGCAAGACUAGAGAUGAUCCUCUGACCUACUUCUGA